AUGCGCAGACAUCCAGGUCCUCCGCCUUAUGGUCCGCGUCGCGCAGGAUCCGCCGCGCCCGCUGGCGCGCACGCUGGCGCGCACGGCUAUGGUGGCGGACAGGGCUACACUGGCGGCGGCGGAAGCAGCGGUUAUGGCGGACACGGGUACACGGGGGGAGGCGGUGGCGCAGCUAGGGGCCCGCGCGGAGGCAGGUCGCCGUAUGCGCAGCAUCCUUCCGCGCAACCGCCCGCCGUGCAAGCUCCCCCAGCGGCGCAAGCAACUCCCCCGCCUCCCCCUCCGCCAGCCCCCGUGAACCCCGCCGUGGCGGAUGCCGGCGCGCGGGCUGUGCGGUGGCUUGAGGAGGCAGCGGAGGGAAUCGGCGCUGACGUGGCGUUGCGCGGAGCGGCCAGCGAUUCUGGAGCCACCAGUCGUUUCUUGACAGCUGGUGGCGAUGGAUUGCCUCAAGAGGUGCAGUCCAUAAGCCGAGUGGCGUCGCUACUCCAGUCGCCCAUGGCAUCUCAAUUGCUCGCCUGGGAGCCCACAGCCAGUCGCAUCUGGAUGCUGCUCGAACGCCUGCUCGCACACAGGGAUGCGGUCAUCCAAUCAGCAGCUGCUUCUGCCAUUGGCGUUGCAGCGGCGGUGCGCCUCCCGUCCGAAUCGACCCCUCUUUCUCCAGGCGCUGCAGCUCUGCCAGCUGUCGCCGUCUCAUUUGCAGGAGCGGAGCGUCUCUUUGCGUGGGCCCUCCCCCAGCUCACAGAUCCCAAUGCUGACGUGGCAAACACGCGCCUCGCCCUGCUGGCAGCUGCCCCCUUCUGCCAGCUGGCACCCGCGCCUUUGCCAGAUCCGAACUCAGCCCCAGCUGCUGCUGCACCGGCAGGAGCAAAUGCAGCAGCAGCAGCAGCGACGGCAGCAGCAGCGACGGCAGCAGCAGCGGCGUCAUCAUCAGCAGCAGCAGCGGCGGCAUCAUCAGCAGCAGCAGCGGCGGCAUCAGAGCCAUACGUCUCCAGCUGUGUGCUGGCCUGUCAGGGCCUGCUAGAGGACGAAGGAACGCCGCCCACGCUCCUCCCGCCCAUCCUCUCCGUCCUCGUCGCCGUCGCAGAGCGCUUUCCCGGAACCUUCCUGCAGCAGUUUGAAGAAAUCAUAGACCUGCUGCUGGGGUGGGCCAUGGAGCCGUCAGUUUUGCCGGCUAGCCGGCAGCUUAUCGGCGGCUGUUUCUUGCGGUUUGGCCGGCAGUGGCGGGAGAAGGGAUCAUUCACUCGAAACGUGCUGCUGAAAUUGGUGGGAGAUAUUGAAACGGAGGUGAAAGCAGGUAACGGGGCGGGUGAUAGUGGUUCUGCUGGUGUUGCUUCUGGGGCUGUCGGUACUGCAGGAGGUUCUGGCAGUAGUGUUGGUGGGGGAAGGAGCAGGGCAGCAGCAGCAGCAGCAGCAGCAGCAGCAGCGGCAGCGGCAGCGGCAGAAGAGGCAGACGCUUCGGAUGCUCGCUUGGCCGCGCUGACUUUGUCUUUUAGUGCCGUUCUGGGCGGCGUGACAGGCUGGCGAGGUGUCCCUAGUGCCAGCACUCGUAGCGGGGCUGUUGGGGGAAGUGUGAGUGGCACGGUUAUUGGGAAUGCAGCAGUUACGCGCGGGAAUGCGGUUGGGAGAGAGGAUGAAUCAUGGCGGCAGGUGGUUCCUUUGGAGAGCCUGUUCCGGCGCUGGCUGGUGCUGCUGCGAGAUCUCCUGCAGGUGGACAUUCAGGUGGAUUCUCAGGUGGAGGGAGGAGAUGGUGGGACAGCAGAGCCAGUGGCAGCAGUGGGGGCGAGGGCAGCAGCAGGAGGGGGAGUAGCAGGAGGGGGAGCAGCAGGAGGGGGAGUAGCAGGAGGGGGAGCAGCAGGAGGGGGAGUAGCAGAAGGUGGAGCAGCAGGAGGGGGAGGGCAGGUGAGGAGGGUGCCAGUGGGGAGAGCAGGGGUGGCACGGGUGGCAUGGGUGGCGGAGUGGUGGGCUGUGCUGCCUAUCUUUGUCUGGGCACUUUGUGUUGGUGGUAACCACGCGCAGUUGUGGAAAGGGAAGGUACAGCAGCACCAGGAGCAGCACCAAGAGGCGCUGCCUCGUUUCUCUCCUGUUGGGCAGUUUCUAAGAAGCUUCUAUGUGCCAGCUGUCGCCCCUCUCCUGAACGCCGUCGCCAGCACGCGCCUCUUCCCGCCGCCCGCCCUCGCGGCCGUGCUGCGCUGCCACCUGGCGGCGCUUGAUUCGCUGCGCGGGCUCUGUGUGACGGAGCUGCAGGCUCAACUGGCGGAGGUGGUAUCUGUCAAGUGCAACACAGGAGAUCAGCGAGGCCAACAGCAGCAGCAGCUGCAGGGAAGAGAAGAAGACCUUACGACAGGAGUACGAAACGCAGGAGCCGGAAAAGAAGGAGAUGGGAAAGACGUUUUGCCCAAAAGUUCCUUUGCAGCAGACCCCCUGGCUGCAGCCUUCUCUGCGCUCCUCUUUGCCCGCCCCUAUGCCCCGCUCCCUCUCCUCCGCCUGCACCCCCACCCUGCUGUCACCUCCGCUGCAGCCGACACCCUCCUCUCCCUCCUCGCCUUCCCUCCUCUCGCACUCCUUUCCUCUACCUCAGUCAUCCUUCCCGUCGCCCCUUCUUUGCCGUCCUUCCCCCGUUCCUCCUACUCCCUCCCCUGCUCCCCCCUGUCAGUGCCGCUCGCCUUCCUGCUGGCAGAGAUGCGAGACUGCUACCGCUGUGUCAUUCCCACCACACACUGCAGCAGCACUGGUAACCAGGCGACUGGUGGGGUUGCUGGCGAGGGGGCAACCGGGGCAGGAAAGCAGCAGAGGAAGAAGAGGAGAAGGGCCGUUCACCCACGGGGCUAUCGUGCCCUCUUUGACUGGUCACCCAACUCCGCGCUGGAAGGCUGGUGCAGGCAGCAUGGCUCCCACCUAUUUCCGUCUGCUGCUGACGUGGCGGAGUGGGAUUGGACGGUGGAGGAAGCGGAAGCGCUCCUGCGGUUUGACCUGGUGGCUCUGUCCUCGGGGUUGACCCGCGGCGCUCUGCUGUGCGCCGACAGCAUGAGAUUUGAUGCAGCAGCACCAUCACCAUCACCGUCAGCACCAGCAGCAGCAGUGCGGCUCCAGCAGAAAAUGGCAGAAGGAAUCUCCUCGCUGCUCUGUGCACUUGUUUCAGACUUCCGCCACUGGACCCACCGCCUCUGGCCACUCCCGCGCUGCCAGGUGGCGGCGUUUCACGGGCUGAGGUCCGCCUCUCAGGCAGCAUUCCGAGGCGAGUGCAUGCUGCUGGGGUUUGAUGCGGCAACUAUCGCAAGCACAUCCGUUAUUGUCACAGCCACUACAGCUGGAGCCACCGCCACAAGUGCUUUCCCAUGUGCACCUGUUACUGCCGGCGUUGGAAAUGCUUCUUCUGCGGAAUCAGAGAGUACAAGCGCUGAGAUCGGUACCACUAAGGAUGGCACUGGCAAGUCUCUGAUUGGGGGGAGGAUUAGGAGCAGCACCAGAGGUGCAUCUGCAGCUGCUCUUGUGCUUGCUGAGCUGGCGCUUAGCUGGCGUGACGUGGCGUGGGCAUUGCAGGAGGGCGACUCCUGUGCUGGUCUGAAGCUGGAGGCUCUGGCAUGGCUUCGACAGAUAUCUGAGUCAGCAAUGGCUGAGUCAGCGUUGUCUGAGUCAGUAGCAACACAAGCACCUACAGCAGGAGGAACAGCAUCACAAGCGGCAGCAUUCACACAGUCACUUCUCCACUCAAUCGUCCCCCUUUCCCUCCCCACCAUCCCUCCACGCCUCCUCCUCUCUCUCACCUCCUCUCUCCUCCACCCUUCUCUCUCCAUCCGGCUGGCAGCAGCUGACAGCUUGUCGCUUCUCGCAGCCACAGGGGCGCUCUUUGGCCGGCAAGCUUUGUCUGUAGCGCAAGUGGCGCUGUUCCUGGCGGGCGGCGAUCACGAUUCCGCCAUCCGCAAGGCAAUGCAGGAGUUGCUUCAGAAGGCGCUGCUCUCUGCUGCUGUCUCCCCCACUGUCCCCCGUCCUCUCCCCCUCUCUCCUCUCCGUCCCCUCACUCCCUCUUGCUCUUCUCUCACCUCUCCUCUUCUUACUAUCUCCUCUCCGUCUCUUGUUUCUGAACCACCUGAGAUUCUUCGUGGGCCGUCUUCAGGUGAAGCAUGGCUCCUGAAAGCUGCGGUUUCAGGUGAAUUGCCAGUCCACCUGGCGUCGGCGUCAGGUGAUUUGCCGCUCAAGCCACAUCAGCUCGUGGGGGUUCUCAACCUGCUCUCCCGCAAGCAGUCCACGUCAGCACCGCCGCCGCAUCCUGAUUGGCUGCUGCGGAUCCUGCUCACCCUCCCAUCCUCUCCUCCCUCCACUUCCUCUCUCCCCUCACCUCCUACUGCUUCUUCUCAAACCAUAUCAGCAGCAGCAACAGCAUCAAUUGAAGCAGAAGCAGCAGAUGGAGAGCUGGACAGCUGGCGCCAGCUGGCGGCGGUGAACGGUGAGCUGGCGCUGAGGUGGCUGGUCCAGCUGGCGGCGCGGCAGUGCAUGAGCGGGCGGCUGCGCACGCAUUACGGGGGGGCAUCUGCCACGUUUGCAGCCUUUGAACGGAAUCUCUCUGACGCCACCAAUCCCACUGUCGCCCGCCUGCCCCUGCUGCCCGAAGGGGUGGUGGUGGUGGUGCCAGGGAAGGGAGGGACUCGAAGAGGAGGGAAAGAAGCCUCGGCUUCAGCUUUGGGCCGAACCAGCUCAGCAGGUUCGGGUGGAGCUGGUUUGGCAGGUGGAUAUGGGAGUAGUUCCUCAGCUUCAUCCCCUCAACUGUCCCUCUCUUCCUCUCCCUCUCUCUCAUCUUUCCCUGCUCCCUCGCUCUCCUCCUUCCCAGCCCCAUCCACCUCCUCUUUCACUCUCCUCUCCUCCUCCUCCGCUUCCCCCUCCCUCUCCACCUCCGCCUCUCCCCCUACCCCGCCCAACCUCCCCCCUCCUCUCCCUCCCAUCUGCACCGGUGCUGAGCUGGCACUCGACCCCGAAGCGCCACGUCAGCACGAGCUGGCGCUGAUUUCCCUCCUCGAUUUCAUGGAGGCUUUAGAACGGCAGGUCCAGUCAGCAACGGAGGGCAACUCCUUCACACCCCCACCCUCCAACCCUAACAGCCUCGGGUUUUUCCGAGCCAACAGGCGCGUGUGCGAGGAGUGGUUCGGAAGGUUUCGGGAAGGACUGGUGCAUUUGGCGCUGGGCGUGGGGCGGAAUGGAGCUGUGGUUUUCCAUGCAGGGAAGAAACUAGGGGAGCUUAAGUGCCCUGUAGAAGUGAGGGAGUGGGAGUGGGAGUGGGACGAGGAUGGGGAUGGGGACGGGGAGGGGGAGCGGCAGCAGCUGCUGCAGCAGUUUCAGCAGCAGCAAGGGUGGGCCAGCUCAGCAACAGAUGUCGCUCACGCGGUGCGCCACCUGGCAUUCGGUCUGUGCCAGUCCCGCAAUCCAGAUGCGAUUGCUGGGCUGAGGGAGUGGCUUCAGGUGCUCGUGCGGUCGCUGCCACACCCUCCUGGCUCUGCUCCUGCUAACGCAAGAACAGCAGCAACCGCAGCAUCAGGAGGAGGAGCAGCCGAGCUUCUACAGAAACAUGUGUGGCUCUUGAAGGGGAUGGAGCUGGAGGCAGAUGGAAGGUUUGAGGAAGCUGCCGAGCAUUACAGAGGAGCGAUGGAGACAGGAAGAGUUGGUGAUAGUGGUAGUGGUGCUGGUGGUGAUGAUGGUGGGGUAAGAGGAACAAAGGCGACGGGGGUGGUGGAGAAGAGUGGGUUGGGGCGAGCGGGGCAGUUAGGAGCCGAAGAAAAGGAGGGACAGGGAGGGGGAGAGGGGGAGGGCGAGGGGUGUGUGAUGGGUGCGCGGCUGAUAGACGUAUACAGCGCUGUGGGGGACUUGGAGCAGCUGCAGGCGUUCCUCAAGGUGCUGCUGGGUGCUGCUGGGUGCUCUGCUCUCUUCUUUGCUGCCAAUCCUCUCAGCCAAUCAGCUGAAGCUGCCACAUCAGCGUGCCUUCAUUACCAGCAGGAUCUGUCAUCAGCUCUCUCCCUCGCAUGCUUCGACCCGCUCCUCCUCAACCCCAACCCCAACCCCAACCCUUCUGCGGACAACCUUCUUGCUGGGAGCGCGGAUUUGGGAAGAGCAGCCCACCGAGCCCCACCUUUGCUGCUGCCGCCGCCGCUGCUGUCAGCGCUGGGUCGGCCUCUGUUGUCUCUAUCCGCAGAGGGCUAUCCCGUGAACCCAGCAGCAGCCAUGCCACUGGCGCUAGCAGCACUGGAAUGCUCUCUCCUGCAGGGCACACUAGUAGGACUGUCCAACACACGGGAGCAGCACCCCCAUUUUGAGGCGCCUCAACAGUACAACGCACCGGAGCAGCAGAACAAAUCACAGCAGCAGCAGCAGCAGCAGCAGAAGCAGCACAGGGAUGGGAAUCGUCAGCUCCACAUACACAACCUGUUUGGUUCCAACGGGUUUGGAGGAGAAGAUUCUUUGUUUGCCAGCUGUCACGAUGGCAUAGGCUCGCUGCUCUGGGAGCUGCCCCCUUGGCUCGGGGUGCUCCAAGCCUGCCAUGUUGCCCAGCCACGGCAUGCCGAAGCUGCCUCGGUGCUUCGGCUGCAUCUGGCCCGGCAGGCCAGGCUCGGUGGGAACCUGCGGCUGGCGAACCGGUUGCUGUCUGGUUCGGUGGCCGCUCCGGCAGAGCAGCAGCAGGUUUGGCGAGAUGAUGUGAGAGAAGAGCUGGGGAUGUGGAGGGCGAUAGAGGCGUGUGAGGUGGCACAUGCGGAUGGGCGACACCUGGAUGCUGCGAGAGGCAUGUGGUCCGUCUGUGGCCCAGCUAUGGCUGCCAUGCCAUCUGCUGCCGCAGCACACACAGGAGCAGGUGCAUCAGCAUCAGCAUUGGCGUCAGCAUUAGCGUUGGCAUCAGCAUCAAUCCGUCUUUCUCCUCACUGCAAUCCGCUCGCCGCCCACGCGUGUCUCAAGCUCGCCAGCUGGCUGCUUCCCAUUGGCUCCUUCAGCCAUGGGGUUGGGGGCAAUUCAGGAAAGGGACAGCUGGCAGCUUUGGAUUGGCUCUUGGCCAGCACAGCGAAUGGGUCUUCUUUGGUUCUCCCCCCUCCGUUAGUGUCACAUGGGGUGCAGUCACAGCAGCUUGCCACAUCCAUGGCCGCCGGAUCCUCCUUCACAGAUUCAAUCCGAGCCGUCCAUUCCAUCCAACCAAAUUUCACUCCGGAAUCAGAUCCAGCCACCCGAACCGAUCCUGCUGGCCGAUUUUAUCCCGCAUCAGAAUCCAACCCUGGAAAGCCGGAUCUUUUGUCUGUAGCAGGGGCGGCGGUGUGGGCGGCAGUGGGAGCAUGCAGCGAGAUGUCGCAAGCGUGGCUGGCAUACGCCCAGUGGCUGGACUGCAUGGCUGACACACGCAUGCCCCGCCAUGCUGGCACGCUUGCUGCUGACGUGGCGCGAGGCGACAGCACAGGAGGGGAAGGAGAGGGGAGGUGCAAGGAGGAGGAGGAGGAUGAGGAGGAGGUGGAUGUGGUAGCAGCGCUGCCUGCUUCUCUUGAUGACGAUUACAGUGCUGAUGCUGCUGUGCCUGCUCCUGCUGGUGGUACGGCCGGCAUGGGUGCAUUGAGCUCCAGGCAGGGUGCUAUCUCCCCACCAUCAUUUCAUCUACCGGACACGCUGUCGCUCUCCCCUGCACUCUCUCCUCUACGGGCCGGUUUUGGUGCUGCAGCAGCAGCAACUGCUGCUGCUGCUGCUGCAGAAACCGCCGCUGCUGCUAGAGAAGGGGUGCAUGCCGCAAGUAGUGCAUCGGAGGCUGCUCCUGCUGGGUUCACGGAGGGAGAAAGGGACACAGUGCUGUGUGUUGUUACCGACCUUCUGAAACACCUGCAGCUGGCCAAAACUGAUGGUGCUAGUGCUGCUGGCGGUGGCGCUGGUGGUGGUAUUGAUGCUGAUACUGCUGCCAGUAUUGGCGUCUCUGCUGAAUCAGCCACCAACAAGGCGGCAGAAACGGCAGCAGAGGAAGCAGAAGCAGCGCAAGCAUCCGCGCUCCCAGCUGCCCAAUCACUGACUGCCACGUGUCUGGCAAUCAUGGACCAAUUACUGCUGCUCCCAGCCCCUCCUGCCUCUCCCGCCCCUUCCGCCCUGCCCUCCCACACUCUUGCCCAGCCCCUCUCUGUGUCCCCCUCUCGGUUCAAAGCCAUGGGACCAAACGGAUUGCAUGUGGGCAGCAGGGAGGGAGGUCUGGGUGCAGUAGAGGCGCGUGGGUUGGGCGGUGGGUUGGAUGCGAGGUGCAUGGGAGGUGUGUCAGGGGCGAGUGAUCAGGUAGAGGAGUGCUUGUGGCAGGAGCUGAUGCAGCAGCUGAGUGCAGCAGUGGUGCAACAGAUGACAGCCGUGCUGGGAGGAGGAGAGCAGCUGGACUAUUGUGGCGAGGAUAACAGCGGGGAUGCUGCUGCUGCUGCUGCUGCUGUUGCUGGCGGUGCUGCUGCUGUUGCUGGCGGUGCUGCUGCGUCAGCUGUGGCAGCGGUGGCAACGCCAGCAGCGGCAGCAGCUGUGGCAGCAGCGGUGCAUCAGCUGCUCGCCACCUGGCGCGCCGCCCGCUUCCGCGCGCUGUCAACGCGACACCUGGCAGCCCGCGCGUACAUGCGGUCCCUGCAGCUCUCUGGGUCUGGGUGGGGUGGGUCGUACUCGGGGGAGGCAGGAGGGGGAGGUGGGGUGUGCAUUGAAGGAGGAGAGGCUGGUGGGAGGAGUGGGGAAGAUGGCGCAAGGAAGAGCAGGAAGAGGAGUAAAGGGAGUGUGAGUGGUGCAAGGGAGCAUGGCAGGGGAGAAGAUACGAUGACCAGGAAGGAGGGAUGGCCGCAGGGGUUGGAGAGAGGUCAGAAGGGGUGUGAGGCUGUUGGGAUGGGUGGGGCGAAGCAGAGCGGAUGGGAGGGGAGGAUGGAGGAGGAUGGUGGGUCAUGCGGGGCGGCGGUGGCAGGUGGGAGUGCGGUGCUGACAUGUGUCGCGAUGCGAGUGGUUGAUAUUCUCAUGCAGCACGGCUCGCAUAUGCCGCCCGUGGUUGCCGCCCCUGUGGAUGUCGGAUGUCCACACGCCUGGCAGCCCAUUCUCCCGCAGCUCCUGGCCGCGAUAUCGGCGCAGCGCAGCGCGGCAGUCAGGCUGCAGCUGACACGUGUCCUGCUCUCAUUGGCCGGCGCCGCCCCGUCCCUGGUGGUGUACCCGCUGUGUGCAGCUGAGAAGCAUCGCCUGCAGCACCUCAGCCUCGCGCUCGCCUCCCUCCCUGCUGCUGCUGCUCCUCCUCCUACUGCCUCCCUCCCUCCCGCUGCUCCUCCCACUACUGCCCCUCCUACUGCCCGCUCUCCUACUGGCAUUCCUUCUGCCCCUCCUACUGCCCCUCCUACUGCUCCUCCUCCCGCUCUCCUUCCUAACUCUACAACUGCUGGUUCGGCCACUUCUGCCAGUGCUGCCGAUGCAUCAGUUGCUGUUGAUGACGUGGCAGCUGACCUGGCAUGGCACGUGGCGCUAUCGCAAGCCACGCCUGGUUGGCAUCAGCUGCGAGCUGCUCUCUCCUUCCUGCUCCGCCCUCUCAUCGCUGCAGCUGUAGCCGCGCUACAGUCGCCGCCCGCUGAUGUCAGCAGCGGCGCACUACGAGACAAAUGCCGCCCGCUGGAGGCGGCUGUAGCGGCGCUGCAGAGGGAGCAGCGGCGGUACCUCUCGCUGCCAGCUGUCGUACCAGGAUUCGCCGCUUUAAGGGACACUGCUGCCCCUGUUCCUGGUUGCUUAUCCAACUCUGUUACAAGCAGAUUCGUUACAGGGAGUAGUGAUCCUGACGCUCUGAUUAAUUCAUGUGCUUAUAAUGAAGGGCUAGUGACAGUCGCUGCUGUGAGAGAUAAAGUGGAAGUUCUCAGCACCAAGACCCGCCCGAAGCGCAUCGUGAUCGUCGGAUCCGACGGCCAGGAUCGCAGCUUCCUGAUCAAGGGCCGCGAGGACCUCAGAUUGGACGCACGGAUCUCCCAGCUCUUCCAGGCAGCCAAUGGGCUGAUGCAGAGCCACGGACCAACCAGGAAGCGACAGCUGGCGGUGAGGCAGUAUGAGGUGGUGCCUACGGGGAGUCAGUCAGGCAUGAUCCAGUGGCUUGAAGGGUUGCAUAGUCUGUACUCGCUGUAUAAGGCGUGGCAGUCCCGCCAGGCUGCUGCUGCCACCGCUGCUGCUGCUGCCGCUGCUACUGCUGGUGGGGUUGGUGCGGCUGGUGGUGCUGCAGGUGGUGGUGCAGGAGGGAAAGGAGGAGCAGCAGCACCGGCAGUAGCAACGCAAGCAGCACCAGCAGCAGCGGCGGUGGUGCAGCGGCCCACGGAGAUGUUCUUUGCCAAGGUGGCGGCCGCGCUGCAGGCCAGAGGCAUGAGCCGCUCCACGCCGCGCUCUGAUUGGCCGGCGGACGUGAAGCGCAGCGUGUUUGAUGAGCUGGCAAGGGAGGUGCCACGUCAGCUGCUGGCAAAGGAGAUGUGGAGCUCAACGACUGGCUCUGAGGGGUGGUGGGACAAGCAGCAGCGAGCCUUGGAGGUCGACGGUGUGCUCCAAGGGGCGGUGGGGCAAGCAGCAAUGGUGAGUGAAAUGAUGCAAAGGGAUGGAAUGGCCAUGGGUUGUGGAACGAUUCCCCCCCUCUUCACAUCCAACACAUCCCUCCUUUUCCUCAUUUCUUCUCUCAACGCCUUCUCCUUCCUUACCUAUAUUGGCGUCCUCCUUCCUUCCUUAUCCCCACCAUUCCAUUCACACACGCGUCUGUCUCGCUCCCCUCUCCCCCCCUCACCCACCAGCUACACAGCAUCAACAGCAGUCACCAGCACAGCGGGCUACAUCCUUGGCAUCGGCGACCGCCACCUCGACAACAUCCUCUGGGACCUCUCCUCCUCCUCCUCCUCCUCUUCCUCUCACUCCUCCGCCCUCGCUUCGACCUCUUCUGCCGGCUCAGUGGUGCACAUAGACUUCACGGUGGCGUUUGACAGGGGCCGCCUGCUCAAGGUGCCGGAGCUCGUGCCGUUCCGCCUCACCACCACGCUCCGGGGAGCCAUGGGGCUGCCCGGUGCUCUCUCCCCGUCCGGCCCGUUCGUCUCUGCUGCUGUCGCCGCGUUUGAGGCUAUGCGGGGCGGGCUGAUGGGUGGGGGCGAGUGGGGCGGGAUUGGGGGUGAAUGGGAAGGGGUUGCUGCUGCUGCUGCUGGGGUAAAAGCAAGGCUUGGAAGAAGAGAGCGUGUGGGGAUGGGGGGAGGAACGGGGAGUGCAGCAGCAGCAGGAGGGGCGUUGCUGCCAGCACUUAUGAAUGCGUUCCUCUGGGACCCUCUGGACGAGUGGGGAGGCCCGCUCGCCCCCGCUGCUGCCACUGCCACUCCCAAACCUGCUCCUCCUGCUCCUGCGGCUGCCCGUACUGCUGCUGCACCAGCACCCUCUGCUGCAGCCAUGCCAGCACCCUCUGCUGCAGCCAUGCCAGCACCCUCUGCUGCAGCCAUGCCAGCACCCUCUGCUGCAGCCAUGCCAGCAGCUCCCGCCCCUACCAAAGCCAACCCCGAGGCUGCUCCUCGGCCUGCAUUUCCAGGUGGUAUCUGGGACGGGGCGCUGCUGCCGUGGGAGGCGGAGGUGGUGACAGGCGCUGCUGCACUGGGCGAACCCAGGGGGAGGUGCACCUGGGGAGGGUGGCAGCAGAGCAACGGCAGCAGCAGCGAGAUCAUCAGUGCUGCUGCACGCUCAGACAAGGGAGGGGCAAUGGGAGCUUCAGUGGAGGCGAUGCUUGGUGCUGCCAUGACACUUCAUGCCUUGACCCACUCUACCUGCUCUUCUUCCUCCUCUUCCACCGGUCCCUACCUCCUGACAUUGGCUCUCAGCCUAUCCGAUGCCGCCAAGUCAGCUGCUGUGUCUGUUCAGCUUCUUAUUGACACGUCAGAAUCCAAGAAUCAGGCUCGCUCCGACCUCGUAGCAGCCCAGGAAUCCUCUAAGAAGCUUCUCACGGAAGAGGAAGCUUCCAGGCAAACGCUGCGAGCAGCCAUGGAAGCCCUCUCUCGCCUCGGCGACCAGCAUCGGGGGAAGGCUCGGCGCGCCGAAGCUAAGGCCGCAGCAGCCAUGGAUGCCGUGGGCGAGGCUCGGCGGUGGUUGGACGACAAGCGGGCAGCGCUUGCUGAGCUGGCACCAUCCUUGCCGCCAGCUGUCACUGUCUCUGGUGUUCCCACGCCUAGUCAGAGUGGUGGGAGUGGGAGUGGCAGCGCCCGUGCUGCUGGAUGGUUGAUGGGGGAGGAUGUGAGGCGGUGGGCUGCUGCUGCACUGGGCAACAUGGCAUGGCAGGAUGGCCGUGCGGAUGCCACCCUGCCGUUACUCCUCUCCUCAUCCUCCCCCUCCUCAUCAUCUCCAUCAACAUCAUCGUUCCAGUCACUAUCACUUUCAUCACAGCCGGUAGCGUCAGUGCCUAGCAGCACGCUCUCUCUUCUGGAUAUCGCUACCAAUCCAUUGCCCUCCUCUGCUCCUCUGCAGCCACAGCAGCAGAAGCCGCAGCAGCCAACGUUGCUUCCCCUCGCCGUCAUCCCUGAGGCUCUCCGUGCCAGCUGUCGCCAGCUGGACCUCCACGUGUGCCAGCUGGCGGCCGCGCGCUGCCGUGCCGUGCUGCGAUUGGUCGGCGGGCUGAGGGCGUAUGGGGAGGCUGCGGUGGUGGCAGGCGGGGUGGGGGUGACGGGAGGGAAGAGAGGCAGGGCGCAGGGAACAGUAGUAGCAUCUUCUGAGCAGGUUGCGAGCGAAGGUGAAGUGGAAGAGGUAUGUAGCAGGCAACCACUGCACGCCCCCCUCCCCACUGCAACUGUCUGCAUCAACUCGUAUCUGAGCACGAGCGCUGUAAGCCGGUGGGCGCGUGCACUGGAAGCCACUGUGACAGCUGCAGGGCUGAGACCUCUGCCUGCUGGUGUGGGCGAGAGGGAGAUGCGCGAUGAGGCGCGGGCUGCCAGAGAGGUGCUGGAUGGGAUGGGGCGGGUGGAUGGCGGGGUGGGGGCUCCUGAUGCCUGCGUUGUUGCUCCUUAUGAUGCUGAUGUGGUUUCUACUGAUGUUUCCACUGCUGCUUCUGUUUCUGCUGCUGCUGCUUCUACUGCUGCUGCUGGUGCUGCUGAUGCUGCUGCUGGUGCUGGUAGUGCUGUGGGCAGUGGUGAUAUUACUGCAGAUCCAGCUGCUGCAGCGAGCAGUGCGUCAGGCACACAUCAUGCACACCUCGUUGCUGCAGCAGGCAGUGGUGGCACACAGUCCGCACUAGCUCCAAUGGUAUCAGAGCACCUUCCCCCAGUCGUUCCUCUUUCUUGCUACAGAGAAUCCUUGCAAGCAGCGCUUGCUGCGCUUCGUUCUGCUCGCUCCCUCUCCUCCCUCCACCUCCACCACCUGCUGCCGAGCCUCGUUCCGAGCCUACUUCCGAGCCCAGUUUCGAGCCCCGUUCCGGACAUGUCGAGUGCAGCUUCGUCACUAGAUAAGCAGGCUGUCUCGUCGCCUCUUGUGGCCCAGUUCCUGGAAGCUUCUGACAGGAUUGAGCGUCUGGUGCAGGGAGGGGGGAGGGGUGACAGUACGGAUGGUGAUAGUAGAGUGGGGAAGGAACGCAGCAGUGGUGGUGUGGGUGGUGACGUGGAAGAGGGUGACUCAUGGCUGCUUGGUGCUCUGGAGGAGGAGGAGAGGGCUAUAGAGCAGCUCAUGGGCUCACUCCCUGCUGCUUCUGCUCCUGCUCCAGCUGCUGUUGCUGGUGCUGGUGCUGGUGCUGGUGCUGGUGCUGGUGCUGGUGCUGGUGCUGGUGCUGGUGCUGGUGCUGGUGCUGGUGCUGGUGCUGGUGCUGUUGGUGCUGAUGUUGCUGGUGCGAGUGAUGCGGCCACUACUGCAGAGGUUGCAGGGGAGCAGCAGCCAGGCAACAAGGGAACGGAGCAGGCAGCCUCUGCACCGUCCUCUCCUUCCCUCGCACAGCAGCAGGAGCCCACCGCGCUGAUCCACCUCUACCGGUCGUUUGACUCUCUUGCAGCAGCGCACUCUGCCUUCCUAUCACUCCUCCCAACCUCCACUGUCCCGGCUGCUCUUGAUGCUCCACUCACCACUACUGCUGCAGCAAAACCAGCAGCAACCUCCACUCCUCUCCUCCGUCUGCCUCCGUCAGUUCGUCUGUUUGUGGUGCAGGUGCAACUGGUGGCUGCAGUGCUGCGAGCCUGUCUGGCUGAGAGGAAGGCAGCAAACGCAGGGCGAGCUGAGGAGGGGAAGCAGGAGAGUAUCGAGAAAAGCAUAUCCGGCACAGAGGCAGAAGGAAGGGGUGAGGACUUGGAGGGGCAGGAGGGAAGUCAGAGUAGAGAAGCUGCUCUUUUCAAGAAGAUCCAUGUGGCGAUUCGUGAUUGGUUGAGGGCAUACACUACUGAGUGUGUGGGGCCGCUAGUGGAGGGUCUGGUGUGUGGGUUCGUGCAUCGUGCCAAUCUGUCCGCUGUGCUCCAUGCUCAUUCUGCCACCGCUGUUGCUGCCAGUGGUUCAGGCUAUGCUGCUGUUGCUGUUGCUGUCGAUGGUUCUGGUGAUGCUGCUGCUGCUGCUAGUGGUUCGGGUAACACUGCUGCUGGUGCUGCCGUUGCUGCUGGUGCUGCCGUUGCUGCUGGUGCUGCCGUUGCUGCUGGUGCUGCAUUUGAUGGUGCUCCAGUGGGUGUUGACAGGCAAGUUCUGCAGCUCUCGUCCCUCAUUGGCCAGUUCUGCCAGGCUGAGGUCAGCAGGCGUUCUGCUGACGCCAGCAAGCAGCACACGGCUGACGAUUCGAGUCUUUGCGUGCCAUCCCCGCGCAUGCACGCUGCACACGUGGCAGCCCUUGCUGCUGCACGUGCUGAGCUGGCAGACUUUGAUUGGUUGCACGAGCCUCAGCUGCCAGCUGGCUGUGUGACACCUGUCCCUGUUGCUGCCACCCUGGCAGCGAACUCUAGUGGCUUUGGUGAUGCCGCUGGUGAUGAUGCUUCUGGGCUCAGUAGUGGUGGUGGUACUGGCAGCAUUCACCAGAAGCAGCACCAGCAGCAGCUGCAACCAUCGCCACCCCCCUCACGCACUGCCCUGCUAAGCCAAAUCUGCGCCGAUCUGGCUGUGGUGCUAAAGACAACGGAAGCCAUCCAGAUGUGGGAGGCGGCCGGCGCCACUGUAGAAGCUGACCUGGACCGGCUGCUCUUCUGUUCUUCCUCUCCCCCUCGCCCAUUCGUCCAAGCAGCCUCGUCAGUCCAUCUGCAGGCGGCACAGCAGGCAGAGAGGGCGGCUCGGGCGGCUCAGGUGGAAACAACAGAAGCGCGGCUGGCAGCUCAGAAGCUGGUCGACAGGCUGUCAGUCACGCUGCAGGCGCAGUCAGCCAAUCAUAGUGCGGCCCUCUCUCAAGCGCACCAAGCAGCAGCAGGCCUCUCGUUGGCUGCUGCCAGCCUCGCCCCCUUCCUCUCCCACUCCAUCCUGCCUCUCGUUCGCCAGGCCUUUGACGCGGCGUCUGCAGUGCAGGGCUCAGUCCUUUCUGCUAUGAUCACACCGGAUAUUGUCUCGGCCGCCAAUAAAGUGCAUUCGGAGUGCCGCAGUUUCAUCGGCCUGCUUGAAGCAGUCCAAGGAACAACAUCUUCCCUUCCCUCCUCUCACCCCCACCACCUCUCCUCUCUCCUCAACCUCUCCUCCGUCCUGCACCAGCAAUGCUCCUCCCUCCUCCCAUCCAUCUGCCAUCUCGCACACACCACCCUCUCCGCCCUCCACACUCUCCGACUCUCCAAGCUCUGCCACCUGGCAUCCCAGUCAGCGGUGCCAGCGGUGAGAGACGCUGAGGUGGCAUCAGAAUCGCCGCCAGCGGGGCGGGUCUCAGCGGAAGCGCUGGAUGGCGCUGUGCUGGCAGUGUGCAGGCGUGAGGCAAAGGCAAGGCAGCAUGCGGAGCAGGUCAUAUUGCACCUGCAGCAGAAGCUCAACAAGCAAGACCCUCUUCUGUUCCCUGCUGCCACUGCAAGGUGA